AUGGCCGUACCGCAGACUUCGCAGACUGUCCGCAGAUGGAUCAUGACUGCUGCUGUUGCUGGCAUUACCGCCACUGGAACGAUAUAUGGUGCUGGGCUCAAGACUGAUCGCGAGGUCAGACAGGAGCGCAAACGCUACGAACAAGCCUCACCCGAAGAGCUCAUCAGCCAACUCCAAAUCGCGCGCGAGGGCCUCGAGGUGAAGAAGAGAGAGAUGGAGAGGAAGAUUGCCGGGUUCCACGAGAAGAAGAGGCUGAAGGAGAUCGAGGCGCAGAAGGUGAAGGACCAACAGCAGCAGCCGAGAUGA